AUGUGCGGUAUUUGCUUUUGGCUGCAAUUUAGUCAUGCAACAGAGUUUAAGCCAUAUUAUGAGAAGGCCCUCCAACUCAUUGCGCGAAGAGGAUCUGAUUAUCAAGGCUUUCAUGAUAUCCGUGUCAAUGGUACUAGCAAAACGAUGAACUUUCAUGGCUGUGUGCUACAUCUUAGAGGAGAGAAAUUAGGAUGCCAGCCGGCUAUCGAUGCUAACGGAAAUGUAUUAUUAUGGAAUGGGGAAAUAUUUGGAGGCCUAGAGGUCGAAGAAACUGAAAGCGAUACUAUGAGCUUGCUAAAUUAUUUACAAGCAAGUGGUGCUGCAGUAAAGGAUAUUUUAAAUGCGUUUUCGAAAAUAGAUGGACCAUAUGCAUUUAUAUAUUAUCAGGCAGCUAGCAAUCUUUUAUGGUUUGGACGUGAUAUAUUUGGUAGACGUAGCUUACUUGUUCAUUUACCGAUUAAUGAAAAUGAUUACUUUGCACUCUCUUCCGUAGCCCCAAAAUGUAGCGAAUAUGAAUGGUUUGAACUUCCCGCACUCGGGAUUUUUUGCCUUAAUCUAACGCGACUGAAUGUAGCUAAUGGUGGGAUGCAAUUGACUGAAUACAGUCAAUCGGUUCAACUUUACCCAUGGCAUAGUCCUUAUAGGCUGAACAUGAUCGAUCUUGAACCUUUUCUUCGACAACUUCCCUCAGAUAAUUACAAUGCAGAUGAUGAAAUCUAUCAGAAAUCCUUAGUAGAUAAUUUUUAUUCGAUACUUAGCGAGGCCGUUAGAAAACGUGUUUGCUGUAUCUCACCUGAUUGUGGUGUACAUUUAGCGAAUGUUGACGAAGAACAGAACCUUAAGCACAGUCGUAAAGCUAGAAUUGCAGUAUUAUACUCUGGAGGUAUCGAUUCUGCCAUAGUAGCUGCUUUAGCAGAUAGGCACAUACCAAGUGGCGAAUCGAUAGAUCUAAUAAAUGUCGCUUUUGCUACAAAGAAUCACUCAGGUGAUAGUAUAUUUGAGGUUCCUGAUCGCAUUAGCGGUAGAGAAGUAUUGCAAGAGCUGCGUAGAAGUAAUGUACGUCGUCAGUGGAAUUUUAUCGAGGUCGAUAUUUCAUCGGAAGAAUUGCAGGAAGUUCGGAAAAAUCACGUCAAACAUCUAGUCCAUCCUCAUCGAACGGUUUUAGAUGACAGUAUCGGCUGUGCGAUAUGGUUUGCUGCUAGAGGAAGAGGAUUCAUUAGAGAUUGUGAUAAGGGCUCACUUUUACCCUACUGUAGUUCUGCGAAGGUUCUACUUGUAGGAAUGGGAGCAGACGAACAGCUUGCCGGUUAUGCAAGACAUCGAACGAGAUUCAUGAGAGAUGGAUGGGAAGGUUUGGUAAAAGAAGUCGAAAUGGAGAUCUCACGUAUAUCUACACGCAAUUUAGGACGUGACGACAGGUGUAUAAGUGAUCACAACAGAGAGGCCAGAUUCCCUUAUCUUGAUGAAAACGUUGUAUCUUUUCUGAAUAGUUUGCCUAUUUGGAAUAAGGCUGAUUUACGAUUACCCAAAGGAGUUGGCGAUAAAUUGUUACUAAGACAGGUUGGUCAAUCAUUAGGAUUACAUCAAUCAUCAAAAUUGGAAAAAAAAGCAAUUCAGUUCGGAUCACGAAUUGCUAAACUCGAAAAAUCAUCAGAAAAAGGAUCAGAACGGUGCUCCAGGUUACAAUGA